UCUAAGCUGGGCCUGCUAGGGACAAGUGGAUUUGUAAUUAUGGGAGGAACAUGACACUGCAGAACUAUGUUUACCACGCAGACUAUCAGAUGUUUGGGUUAUAAAUAGUGCUCGGCUCCUGCGCCGUCUCUCUCUCUCGUAGAGGGAAUGUUUGACUCCACAGAUCCUACAAGAGAUAGCGCUCUAAAAUCGCCAUGUCUAGAGAUACGUUCCCCUUUACCCCGGGAACCCUGCGGGCCCUACAGAGGCAGCGGGAGCAGCUGGAAUGCGAGGAUCGGAGAAGAGCCGCCAGCAGGGAAUGCAUCACCCGCAAGGCCUUCACCACCAGCCGGGCGGCCCGACAGCCGGUCUCCCACAAACACAGAUACUGCAGGGACGCCGCCAUCCACAACGCUCUCUACACCGGAGAUUUCGAAAGGCUGAAGGGGAUCUUUAGAGACGAUGGUUCUGCGGAAGUUCUGGUGGAGACGAUCAGCGAGGAACUGCAAUGGUCUCCGGAGAUGGGUCUCUGGUCUCUGACCCCAAAGAAGUCUCAUACGUCUCCCCUUCGUAUUACCGCUGGCAGAGGAUACGCUGACUGCGUUCGUUACCUGAUAAACCGCGGAGCCGAUCCCAACUCUAAAGCGGGAGGCCGCGUUGCCCUGCAUGACUCCUGCGAGAGCCACCAUGCAGAGUGUACCCGUCUGCUCCUAACCCGGGGUGCGGAUCCAAAUCUACAGGAUGAGGACGGUCGUGCCCCCCUACAUCUCUGCACCACACCGGAGACCCUGGAGUGUGCAAAGUUACUGUUGGAGUAUGGCGCCCGUGUCAACCUUCCAUGCCACUACACUCGGGCAACCCCACUCCAUGUGGCAUGUGGACGUGGUCUGGAGGGACAUGUUGCUCUCUAUCUGAGCCGCGGUUCUGACCCUUGUGCUCUCAACCGAGAAGGAGAGACGCCGCUGAAUGCAGCUUGCGCGGCCUCGGACUCCCCGCAGCAUUUUGGCCGUUACUACAGGGUGGUUGAGUUGCUCCUCACAGCUGGUGGGCACCCUGGCACUCCAGGAAAGAAAGGACAUAGUCCUUUACACAAUGCCAGCGCUAACUGCCACUUGAGACUGGCACAGAUGCUAUUAGACUACGGGGCAUCUGUAAACGUGACCAACAGUGCCGGCUACACGCCUUUGGACUGUGCGUUACAGGUGUGCACGGACUAUCCCGAGUGCCAACCCCACCAGCUUGUGAGGCUGCUUCUCAACCAUGGAGCUGUCCCUUCUGGUACCAAGAUGUGGAGGUUCUGUGCCGCUUCCCCACAAGCCUUUGAGAUCCUGCUGAACACCUACGACCGGAUCCCUCCCGGAGACUCCUGGGUGGCAUCUGUUCCGACUGAAAUAUGGGAGGAAAAUCACACUUUUUACGAGUCUGUUUUGCUGGCUGCUAACCAGCCGCGUCCUCUGCAACACCUCGCCCGAUGCGCCCUGCGGAAACAAAUCGGCGGGCAGCGGCAGAUGGCCCUGCGCGACCUGCACCUACCGCCCGGACUCGCCGCGUACCUCCUGCUGCAGCCCGAGGGCUCCGUUCUUUAAAUAAUGAAAACCUACACGGCUUUAGGAAUAGUUGUAGUCUUUGCUUGUCUGACAUUAAAACUCUGCAAGCAGCAGUAAAUACAAGUAGCCAUGUAUGAAAUGCUCGCAAAAUCAAAUGCAAUAUUUGAAUGACCUUUUAUUUUCAUGACUUUCGCAGCAUGGGUUACAAAAUAAUUCUCAAUGAAAACAAAAAUGACGUAAAAAGCGGUUAUGGUUAGGGGCGGCUGUGUAUUUUAUCGCACGGACCAUAACCAACAUCAAAAAGCGGAUGCCCGAAAUAAAAACACAAUCCCAAGAUCCUCAAGACAAAAAGUGAAGGCCGGUUUGGGAUCGUAUAACUCGGCAAUCAGGCUGCGGUCGCUGCUAACUUUGACGUUUGCCAGUCUGCCACUGCUACUGUUUAAUAAAACACUGACUUUACGCCAA